GAGGAGGAAGGAGGGUUGAAGAUGGUCGGCUAUGGUGGACAGUGUGGGUGAUGGAGGAAGAAGAAGUGUUGGAGGUGGUUGGCUAUGGUGGACGGUGUGGGCGAUGGAGGAAGAAGAAGUGUUGGAGAUAGUUGGCUAUGGUGGACGGGUGUGGGCGAUGGAGGAAGAACAAGGGUUGGAGGUGGUUGGCUAUGGUGGACGGGUGCAAGCGAUGGAGGAAGAAGGAGGGUUGGGGGUGGUCGGCUAUGGUGGACGGGUGUGGGCGAUGGAGGAAGGAGAAGGGUUGGGGAGGUCCGGCUAUGGUGGACGGGUGUGGGUAACGGAGGAGGAAAAAGGGUUGAAGGUGGUCGGCCAUGGUGGACGGGUGUGGGUGAUGGAGGAAGGAGAAGGGUUGGGGAGGUCCGACUAUGGAGGAUGGACGUGGGUGAUGGAGGAGGAAGGAGGGUUGAAGGUGGUCGGCUAUGGUGGACGGGUGUGGGUGACGGAGGAGGAAGGAGGGUUGAAGGUGGUCGGCUAUGGUGGACGGGUUUGGGUGAUGGGGGAAGAAGAAGGGUUGGAGGUGGUUGGCUAUGGUGGGUGGGUGUGGGUGAUGGAGGAAGAAGAAGGGUUGGAGGUGGUCGGCUAUGGUGGACUGGUGUGGGUGAUGAAGGAAGAAGAAGGGUUGGAGGUGGUUGGCUAUGGUGGACGGGUGUGGGUGAUGGAGGAAGAAGAAGGGUUGGGGGUGGCUGGCUAUGGUGGACGAGUGUUGGUGACUGAGGAGGAAGGAGGGUUGGGGGUGGUCGGCUAUGGUGGACGGGUGUGAGUGAUGGAGGAGGGAGAAGGGUUGGGGUGGUUUGGCUAUGGUGGACGGGUGUGGGUGAUGGAGAAAGGAGAAG